GCGCGUAGAGCCUGGAGCUGCGGCGGGAGCGGGAGUCCCCGGGGAGGAGCGGCUCGGAGCCGGCACCCACCGCGGGACGGGCGGUGGCUGAAGCAGCCUCGCAAGGCCAGCAGAGCCGCCAUGGCCGAGUUCCCGUCAAAAGUGAGCACGCGGACAAGCAGCCCGGCGCAGGGGGCCGGCGCCUCCGCCUCGGCGCUGCGUCCGGACCUGGGCUUCGUGCGCUCCAACAUCGGUGCUCUCAUGCUGCUGCAGCUGGUGUUGGGCUUGCUGGUGUGGGCCCUAAUUGCCGACACCCCAUACCACCUGUACCCGGCUUAUGGUUGGGUGAUGUUCGUUGCUGUCUUCCUCUGGCUGGUGACAAUCAUCGUCUUCAUCCUCUACCUGUUUCAGCUGCACAUGAAGUUUUACAUGGUGCCCUGGCCACUGGUGUUAAUGAUCUUUAAUGUUGGUGCCACUGUCCUCUACAUCACGGCCUUCAUCACCUGCUCUGCUGCAGUUGAGGUGACGUCCCUGAAGGGCACCCGGCCAUAUAACCAGCGUGCAGCUGCCUCGUUCUUUGCGUGUUUAGUGAUGAUUGCCUAUGGAGUGAGCACCUUCUUCAGCUUCAGAGCCUGGCGAGGAACAGGCAGCAAUGCAGCCACCAGUCAGAUGGCUGGUGGCUAUGCCUAA